CUCCCCCCGCCCCGCGCAGCCCGAGCAGCCGCGGAGCCCCCGGGAUGGAGCGUCUGCUCAACCUCAGCUGCUUCGCCGAAACCACGCUGGACGCUGGCAACCGGAGCAGGUCCUCCACCAGCCCGGAUGGUGGCCAGGGGCAUCUCUCUGUCUUCAGCGUGCUGGUCCUCACCCUCUUGGCCAUGCUGGUGGUGGCCACGUUCCUCUGGAACGGGCUGGUCCUGGCUACCAUCUUCCGGGUGCGCACUUUUCACCGGGUGCCCCACAACCUGGUUGCCUCCAUGGCCAUCUCCGACGUGAUGGUGGCAGCUCUCGUCAUGCCCCUCAGCUUGGUACGUGAGUUGUCCGGGCGGCGGUGGCGGCUGGGCCGGUCACUCUGCCAGGUGUGGAUCUCCUUUGACGUGCUCUGCUGCACCGCCAGCAUCUGGAACGUCACGGCCAUCGCCCUUGACCGCUACUGGUCCAUCACCCGCCACCUGGAGUACACGCUCCGCAUCCGGCGCCGCAUCUCCAACAUCAUGAUUGCCCUCACCUGGGCACUCUCCGCCUUCAUCUCCUUGGCCCCUCUGCUCUUUGGCUGGGGAGAGACUUACUCAGAGGACAGUGAGGAGUGCCAAGUCAGCCAGGAGCCUUCCUACACCAUCUUCUCCACCUUUGGAGCCUUCUACCUGCCCCUCUGCGUCGUGCUCUUUGUGUACUGGAAGAUCUACAAGGCUGCCAAGUUUCGAAUUGGAUCUCGGAAGAGCAACUCCAUCACCCCCAUCACACCAGAAGCCCUGGAGGUAAAAGAAGCUGCCCAGCAGCCACAGAUGGUCUUCACUGUCCGUCACGCCACUGUUACUUUCCAGACGGACGGAGACACGUGGAGAGAGCAGAAGGAAAAGAAAGCUGCCCUCAUGGUGGGCAUCCUCAUCGGGGUCUUUGUGCUCUGCUGGAUCCCUUUCUUCAUCACGGAGCUCAUCAACCCCCUCUGCUCAUGCGACAUCCCACCCAUUUGGAAGAGUAUUUUUCUAUGGCUAGGCUAUUCAAAUUCCUUUUUUAAUCCACUCAUCUACACUGCUUUCAACAAAAACUACAACAAUGCCUUCAGGAACCUAUUCUUUAGGCAGCACUGAGCAGAAAAAGCUUUUCCACUGCCCCAGGAACCUGAUUUCGACUCUCAAUGAGUCCCACCAAACUCCUGAGGAAGUUCAAAGCUGCAGAGAUGGAGGUGAUGCUAAAGACGUGUCCCCAGGGGCUGUAUGUCCCAGCAGCGGUCCCGGUUCCUACACAGACUCUCCAUCCCAGCCUCUAAGGCAGUUGCUAUUUCCCCUGCAAGCAGCAUUUAAGGGUUUCUCUGGCCAGCAGCACCACGUUCUUCCUCCAGUGCCCCACGGCUUUCCACCCACCUUCCUCGUGGCGUUGUUUGGUGAUAGUAGUGGUGCAGAGGAGCCUCCUGGCAGAGUCUGAUUUGAAACUCUGGUUCAUCCACUGCUAGUCUAUCUCACAGCAUUAUUCAACUUUGUCCCACGUGCAAAGCUGGGACCCUUAAACAUCUGGAGGUUUUGUGAUUAUGUAUGAAACUAGAUAUUUUAUGGCUUGGUUGAAAAGGUCGUUUGUCUUGUCUGUCCACGGUAGAGAUUAAGUGUUUGUAUUUGGGGAAUGAAAUCCUCAGUAAGGGUUAAAAGCAGACUCCACGUAGAAAGCCUUGUCUCUCAUAUUGUAUCAACAACGAAUUGUGCUAUUUGCUUUUGGAUUCUGUGUAGCCGGUUUUUUAAAAAAAUAUUUCUUGUGAAAGCUUCCUGCAUGGUGUACCCUGGAAUGAGAGAGAAUGCGUGGGAACUCCACCUCUCGUUCUCUGACUGCUCCGUGUGAGCAUCUGCCUCAGACCUUCACCUUCAGAAGCACCAGCUGUAAAUGUUACCCUUUGUGUCUGUGCUUCCCAUCCCAAACCAUACAUGUAUUUUGAGCAGCUGUGGGGCAGGUUUCCUGUAAUUGCAGGGGAUGCGAAGAGUGUGUUUCAAAUUGCCUGUCAACGAGGAGCUGUGUUUUACUAUUUCUGAGUGUGAUUCGGGUCUUCUGGAAACCAAAGCAAAGACCUCACUUCAUUUCUGUGGGCACUGGAUUGCAGGCAAAUGGCAGUUAAUGAUCAGUGAUGUUUCAUUCUAGAAGCAUAACCAAACCAUAGGGGUGCUCUGCUGCGAGGACCAGACUUAAAUAUUUAUUCUUUUGCCCACCCUUCCAUCUCUCCUUUCCCCCUAAGGCUCCAGUCCUGCCUGGUCAUUAUUGCCCUGCUGCCUCCCUGCCUUUCCAUGUUGCCAACAUAAUUAUAGUAGUUGGCAUUUCACUCCUCAAAUUAAAAUUAUAUGCUCGAUGCUGCACCACUGGAAGACUGACAGGCCUUCAGAUAAAGGAAAGCAUUAGUUUUAACUAUCGGUUCUUAUAGGGCAGCCACUGAAAUCAGACCAGAACUGAAACGGUGGAGGAAAAGACAAGAUGGGAAUUGGGGUGACGUGAUUUCGUGUCAGAUAUCUCAAGAAGAGAUAAAAGAGAAAAAUGUCAAUAAAUCAUGGGAAAGCUUCCCCGGGGUGGAUAGGAUUAGUUCUUAUCCUUAGCAGAUCAUGAGACAUCAGAUGUUAAAAUUGUCACUGGUCCUUUAAACCAGUCAAAAAUCCCAGUAGAGUUGGUUAAAAAGUCCUUUUUCUUUUCCUAUCUUGGGACAGGUGAAAAUGGAAGCAGAGCUCAAAGUGCUAUCAAGUGUUGCAGCUCUUUCAGGACCAGUUACACAAAUGUCCAUCAGGACUGACAUAGAUGUAGCUGAUGCUGCCUUGUGGCAAGAGGAGAAAUAGGAUGGUCCUUGAGGUCUUUUUCAACACUAUUCUAUAAAAGCCUCUUAGAAAUAUUAGGUAAAAACCUGCCUUUAUUGAAAACAAUGGGCAAAUUCUCAGAGACUUCAAGCAAAUCAGAAUUUUAUUCAGCAUGUCUUGUCUUGUAAAAGCAUAAUUUUAAUGUUAAUUAAUUCAAGGAGAAGAUGGGUGGGAUGGGAGCAAUCUUCUAACUCCCCUGAAAGAGUCUCUGAUCUGUGCUAACCCUGGACCAAUCUCUCUACAGCUAGUAAAGAACAUUUUCUUUCUUUGCUAUGUAUUUAAAAGUAUUGGUGACAUCUCUGACAUAUCAAAAAUUGUAAUAAACUCUUGAGUUGCUUUUUUUACUGAGGACAUAAAGGUUGCUUUGCUUUCUCUGGACAGCCCAUCACCAAUGCAGACUUGUUCUUUUGGGAAUUUACUACUUUUGUUGUGUCAAACGUUGUUUAGCCAAAAAUGAGUUGGAAAAUAUGCUUCCUUGCCCAAGCCGGACCUUCAGCUAAGCUCAGUAGUGCCUGAAAGUAGGAGA